UGAAACUCACAAAAAAAGGAUGGAGCAAUUAAAAGGGCAACCUCGGCUUCCGAAAUUCGCUGUCCCGAAACGCUACUACAUAUGGCUGAAACCGGACCUAAGCACAUGCAAGUUUGAUGGGUCUGUGGCUAUCGAGCUCAACAUCAUUGCAGAUACCAGCUUCAUCGUCCUCAAUGCUGUUGAACUCUCCAUUGAUACUGCCUCUAUAUCUUUCACUCACCCAGCUGUUGCAAGCCUUUCUAAUUCUAACCAGGUGUUGAAACCUUUAUAUGUUGAUAUGGUUGAAGAAGAUGAGAUUUUGGUUUUGGACUUUGCUGACACACUUCCCAUUGGGAUUGGACUUCUCACCAUUGCUUUUAAGGGAAUUUUGAACUACAAAAUAAAGGGCUUCUAUACAAGUACAUAUGAGCACAAUGGUGUGAAGAAGAAUAUGGCAGUUACACAGUUUGAACCAGCUGAUGCUAGGCGAUGCUUUCCGUGUUGGGACGAACCUGCUUGCAAGGCGAUGUUCAAAAUUACAUUGGAUGUGCCAUCACAAUUAGUAGCUCUUUCCAACAUGCCAAUUAUUGAAGAAAAAGUGGAUGGGGAUCUGAAGACAGUUUCAUAUCAAGAAUCACCCAUCAUGUCUACAUAUUUGGUGGCAAUUGUAAUUGGUUUGUUUGAUUAUGUCGAACAUCUUACAUCUGAUGGAAUUAAAGUUCGAGUAUACUGUCAGGUUGGUAAAGUAAAUCAAGGGAAAUUCGCAUUGGAUGUUGCUGUUAGGACACUUGAAUUAUACAAAGAAUACUUUGCCGUGCCUUACUUUCUUCCCAAAUUGGAUAUGGUUGCAAUUCCUGAUUUUGCUUUUGGGGCCAUGGAAAAUUAUGGUUUGGUUACAUUCUGUGAAAGAAAUUUGAUCUAUGACAAUCAGCAUUCUGCAGCUGCUAAUAAGCAGAGGGUUGUGAUCGCCAUAGCCCAAGAACUAGCACAUCAGUGGUUUGGCAAUCUUGUAACGAUGGAAUGGUGGACUCAUUUGUGGCUGAAUGAGGGGUUCGCAACAUGGGUCAGUUAUUUAGCAGCAAAUCACUUGUUCCCUGAAUGGGAACUCUGGACUCAGUUUCUUAAUGACCGUACAGAAGGUCUUAGGCUGGAUGGGCUUGCAGAAUCCCAUCCCAUUGAGGUGGAGAUAAAUCAUGCUAGAGAGAUUGAUGAAAUCUUUUUUGACGCAAUGAGUGACAAAAAAGGUGCAUCUGUUAUCCGGAUGCUGCAAAGCUAUCUUGGUGUUGAAUGCUUCCAGAGGUCAGUUGCUUCGUAUAUAAAAAAAUUUGCUUGCUCAAAUGUGACAUCAGAAGAUUUAUGGGUUUCACUUGAGGAGGGAUGCAGUGAGCCUGUGAACCAGCUAAUGAAUUCAUGGACAAAGCAAAAGGGGUACCCAAUUAUCUCUGUCAAAGUCAAGGAUCAGAAAUUGGUGUUUGAGCAGUCACAAUUUUUGGCAAGUGGUUCUCUUGGGGAUGGGCAAUGGAUUGUUCCAAUAACAUUAUGCCGUGGCUCAUAUGAUGUGCACAAGAAUUUUCUACUGCAAACAAAGUCUGAAACUCUUGAUAUGAAAGAGCUCCCGAGUGACAGAAGCAAUUUAGCAACUUCUUGGGUAAAACUUAAUGUCAAUCAGACUGGCUUCUACAGGGUUAAAUAUGAUGAGGACCUUGCAACUAAACUCCGAUAUGCAAUAGAGAACAAAUACUUAUCUACAACAGACAGAUUUGGAAUCCUGGAUGAUUCAUUUGCCCUUUGUAUGGCUCGCCAGAAGUCUUUGAAUUCAUUGCUUACCUUGAUGGGUGCUUAUAGUGGGGAACUUGAAUAUACUGUGCUGUCUAAUUUAAUCAAUAUAAGUUAUAAAGUUGAAAGAAUUGCGGCUGAUGCAAACCCUGAGUUGCUGGAAUGCAUUAAACAAUUUUUUAUUACCCUUUUCCUGCGUUCAGCAAUGAAGCUUGGUUGGGAGCCUAAGAAAGGUGAGAGCCAUCUAGAUGCAUUGUUGAGAGGAGAGGUUUGGACUGCCCUUGCUGUGUUUGGAUAUGAUCCAGCACUAAAAGAAGCAAGUAGGCGUUUUCAUGCAUUCUUGGACGACAGAAAUACGCCACUCCUCCAUCCUGACAUAAGAAAGGCAGCAUAUGUGGCUGUAAUGCGGAGAGUCAGCAGCUCAAACAGAUUUGGUUUUGAAAAUCUUUUGAGAGUUUACAGAGAGACCGAUUUGAGCCAGGAGAAAACACGCGUCCUAAGUUCAUUAGCAUCUUCUCCAGAUCCUAGCAUAAUUCUUGAAGCUCUCAACUUUUUGUUGUCUUCUGAGGUUUGCACCCAAGAUGUUGUUCUUGGACUUGCUGUUAGUAGGGAAGGACGCGAAACAGCUUGGACAUGGCUAAAGGAUAAUUGGGAGCAUAUUUCAAAAACCUGGGGUUCUGGAUAUCUAAUAACUCGUUUUGUCAGCUCAAUUGUCUCCCCAUUUGCUUCGUUUGAGAAGGCCAAAGAAAUAGAGGAGUUUUUUGCAAACUGUACUGAGUCCAAGAUUGCUAGAACCUUGAAGCAGAGCAUUGAGCAAGUUCACAUAAAUGCAAAUUGGGUUCAGAGUGUUCAGAAUGAAUAACAUCAUAGGAGUUGAUACACAAGAAGCACUAGGAGACACUUUUAUUUGGCCUUUGUUGUCAAGACUCAAGAAGAAAGCAAGUGGAUUAAAUUCACAACUUGUCAUAAUGUAAAUUUGCCGAACAAGUGUGAUAAUAAUGAAUCAGAUAUAUACAUACAUACAUGUACGUGUGUGUGUAUAUA